CUCCGAUAUCCAGAUUUUGUCACUUGAAUCUCUUGAAGUUCUACAACCUCAGUUCUUUACUGCUGAAUAACUCCUUGAGAACUUGCUUACCAUUGAUUUAUUUGUGAAGCUAAGAAUAGAUUGUAAGAUGAGCAAGACGCAUCCACCCGAACUGAAAAAAUAUAUGGACAAGCAGGUUGACCUGAAAUUGAACGGCAAUCGAAGUGUAUCAGGCAUUCUUCGUGGUUUUGACCCGUUCAUGAAUAUUGUUGUUGAAGACGCUGUCGAAAAUUUGAAGAAUGGUGAUAAAAACGAGAUUGGAAUGGUUGUUAUUCGCGGAAACUCAAUAGUCAUCAUGGAACCCAAAGAACGGUUGGACCAACGAUAAAGUUUUCUUUAGCUCGUCAUUAUUUUUGUUGCCAUUGCAUUUUUGUUUUUUAAACCGUUUUUUUCCAAUUUAUGAUAAUCCUUGUUUACAUUCGUUUUUAAUUAAAGUUCUGGUUGGUCCUAUACUUGCAAUUUCCAUUGCUUUAGUAGCCUUCCUUUUAGUUCCGGAUUCAGUAUAAAAUUUUGGGCAAAGUCAUUCGAUAGACUUUUUUACUAUUUUGAUCUACUUAGUUUCCUUGCUAUUUUCUGUUAAAUUUACACUAAGACGCUUGGAUACUGAAAUUAGGAUGCGGUUCAAGUGUGUUUAAUUUGGUUUUCAUUAAAAUUUUACUUUGGUUGUUACGCUCCUGCCAGCGCUGCAAUGUCUGUCCAGUUUUCAUCAGACUUCCUCGCUGUCUCAAUGUUAUAUUAAUGCUGUCAUGUUCACGGCACUGCUUGCUUCUUGGUGUUGUAUUUUAAGAGAGUUUUGACUUUAAGGAUACGUAUUCUUUUUUCGAAAAUAAAAAAUUGUUGGAACACUGCUAGAAGUGAAAGAAACGAC